GGGGCGGCGCGGAGCCGCUGUGCGCCCGCAGCCCGCAGCGCAUGCCCGGCCGCGCGGGGUAGCGGCGGCGGGAGCGCCGUCCAUGCGGGGCGAGAGGCUCGGCGGGGCCGCGGCAGCAUGAGCCAGAGCGACGUGUCGCCGUGCGCGGCGCCGCCCAGCCAGCGCGUCUUCCAGGAGGCCGUGCGGCGCGGCAACACCAAGGAGCUGCAGUCGCUGCUGCAGAACAUGACGAACUGCGAGUUCAACGUGAACUCCUUCGGGCCCGAGGGGCAGACGGCGCUGCACCAGUCCGUCAUCGACGGCAACCUGGAGCUCGUCAAGCUGCUCGUCAAGUUCGGCGCCGACAUCCGCCUGGCCAACCGCGACGGCUGGAGCGCGCUGCACAUCGCCGCCUUCGGGGGCCACCAGGACAUCGUGCUCUACCUGAUCACCAAGGCCAAAUACUCCGCCGGCGCGCGGUGAUGCCGGGCCGCCCCCGACGCGUCGAAGCCGCUCGGACCGCGCGCUCCGUGCUUCCGCCCCGCCGCUCAGCCGCUUCCGAGUUCGUUGUUUGGUUCGGUUUGGUUUUCCUUCCGAGGGUUGUUUUCCUACUGUAAUUUUUUUUUUCCGUCUACCUCGGCUGCACUCACAGUAUUCACGGUUUCAGUUUGACGUCUGCUCAGAUGCUUUAAAACUCUCCCGCCCCCCGGUGAUAUUUAAUCCUCCCCCCCGACCCCUCACCCGUCCCUCGGUUUUAAAGCACUCUGCCGCAGAACGAGUUCAUUUCAACACUCCGCCCCUCCCGUCCCCCCGGCGCUGUAGCACUGCAGGUGCCCCGGCCCGGCGGCUCCGGGCUGAUCUCCUCCUGCGAGGUUUUUUUGGUUUUUAUUUUUUUUCGGAGGCAACUCCAUUGGAUAUGACAGACAUGCCCUGACUGGUUCUUUUUUUUUUUUUUUUUUUCUUCCCCUUUUUAAGUUGGUUUUUUCUUUUUUUUUUUUUUUUUCCUUUGGGGGUGUCCGAAGAAAAGCUGCAUCCUCAGCUGGUCCUUGAAUCCAUUUAGCACACGUGAGAACACAGGAAAAGACAUUGAAUCCUUCCUCCCGGCGUCGUGCGUGCGUGUGUGUGUGAGAGGGGAGGGGGGGGGGAGGGGAGAUCAGCAAAUCCUGAACUUAUUUUUUAAUUAAAAAAAAAAAAUGAAAAAGGAAAAAAAAAUAGGUGAAAUAAACUGUAAGAGGCAGAGGAUUUGCUUUGCACAGAAGAGGGGCGCGAGCGCUCUCUGCUGCCUCGAGAGGUGCCUGAAAACUACUGAGAAAUAGUUUGGGAACUUUGGUUGUUCUUUUGGUGAAACUUGGAUAACGCUUCUCAAUGCAGAACGGUCCCUUUGUGCGUAGAGCCCGCCCGCCUUUUAUAUGGUGUGUGUGUGUAUAUAUAUAUAUAUAUAUGUGCCCGAACCGAGAUAUAUAUAUUUAUAAAGGAAAGGGAGGGGGAGGAGCGAGCCGCCCCGAUCGCAUUUCGAAGUGACUGCACGUCUAAUGGCAAUGCUGCUUUUAUUGCUGUGGCACAGAAGCGUCCAUUUGGAAAAUGCGGAACGUUUCAGAACCCCCUCAUCCCUCUUCUGCCCGUCUGCACUAAAGCAACCACUGCCGCCCCGCCCUCGCUCCCCUCCCCCGAACCGUUACGAUUAAAAAGGAAAAAGGAAAGAAAAAAAAAAAGAAAGAAAAUAGUUACCUGCUGGUUUUUGGGGCCGUCUUGAAACUAUUUAUCAUGUCUGUAUCUUGGUGGGUGACGUUUGUGAGCCUGCUCUUGUCGGAUGCUGGCGGUGAGUGUUUCAAAUGCAGGGGAAGCUCGCCUUUUUCCCCCCUUCUUUCCCCCCCAGUUUUACCGUAUCUACAACUCGACUCUGCCGUGAUUUCCCGUUGCACUGAGCGUUCUGCUUUGGCUCGCGGUUCCACCUGCAGUCCGUGCUGUUGGAGGCGCAGCGCUGCAGACCCGGGGAAGCGGAGGAGCUCCGGGUCCGCGCAGCGCCGGCUCCGCUCCCGGGGUGGGAACAAAACCUUUCCCAGUGAGGCUGUAUUGUCGUUACCGGAUGGUUGCACAUCUUAUUUUAUUUUUUAAUUGUUUUCUUUUUUUUUUUUUUUUUUUUUUCCUAA